CCUCAGCCACUAAUCUCGUGGCCUGGUUCUCAACAUGAGCCCCUUCACCCUAGGUGCCAGAAACCUUCUCCCACGGCAACUGUAUCGAACACCCUACGUCUCCAAAAACACCUUGUCAAUAAUUCUUCCAUCCGUUUCUCCUCAGAAUGGGCGCCGCCAUUUACUUCACAGCACCACACCACAACUUCAUCUGAAAAAGACAACUCUACAAAUUCCCAACAGAUUCCUGUCAUCGUCACCUGCUAGAAUCAGCCAUCACGACUCAAUACGUACUCCAUGGAUGCCUUUCAACUCCAACCCAGCCGAUGUGAUCGAGAAGCACAUGCUCAAACGGGGCUGCAGGACCUGGGGCUUAGUCAUCUACCGAUGCACUUACAAGAGCGACGCCGAUUGGGAGGAAUUCAUGUCUCGUCUUCUCUAUCAAGUAAGGAGUCCACUUGAGGAGUAUUACGAUGGUCUGGAUAUCCUUGACUCCUUCAGACCGACCGUCAUGGACGAUCCGACGCGUUUUGACGGGGCAACUCCGGAUGCGAUACGGGAGCAUUUCAAUGAAUGGGCGCCUGCGGCAUGUGAAUCCGAGCAAGGGAUCUUGCCUACGGAUGUCGGGCACAGGUGUAUAGCACGGUACGGACUCUGCAUCAUGGUGGAUGAGGAGGCCCUGCGCUCUGUUUUGGCCAUACCUCGCGAGGAUCUGGAUGGCAGUAACAGGACCGGGUUUGUGAUUCUCGUGCAUCGCAGACACCUCGAGGCGCGGGCGAGCAUAGAUGAAUCCGACGAGAAGAUAGAGGAUGACGACUGUGAGCCACUGUAUGGCUGCACAUGGGAGGAUGUCGGCUGGAUGAAGGUGUGCUAUGACCAGGCUCAGCUCUAUACCUGCGCGCACAUGAACCAGAGCUAUCAGUGGGAAAUGGAGUAUAGACGGCCUCCGGAAAUUGGUCUUUACUGCUGACCUUCGCUUUCCCUCUGUCCUGAAGCUUCUUUCCGGGAUAAUGGGUGAAUUCAGUCUACGUAUGGCUAUCAGAGGAACUAGCUAAGAACUACCGGGGUCGACGGUGAGCAGUGAGAGGCCUGAACGGCGAGGACCGCCAAUAGUAUCUAGAGUAAAAGGUUUGAUAUACAGAAAAUCAAGGUCAG